AUCUCUCUAGAUUGACAUAAGAGAAGUGGCGCGACUGAUACAAAAUAAGCCGACGACGAGCGACGAAACUUGAAAUUGAAAUUUUAAAUAUACAUCCCUACCCUUUCCGGAGAUAAAUAGUUGCAGAAUCUGUGCAUGGUUUUAAGAGGGAAAAAAGCAAAUCAAAAGCAUGUCCAGUGGCAUCCAAAGGAACUAUGGAUCACUUGAAGAAGAUGAGAUACUUUCUAGAGACGGCUCCUCGGCCGGGGAGCGCCGGCUGCCUCUGGCCGACCUGCUGCUGGUGUUGUUCGGGAUCAGCAGCUGGGUGGCCGUGAACGGCGUCUGGGCAGAGCUGCCGCUACUGGUCGCCGCGCUACCCGAGGGCUGGGCGCUGCCCUCCUAUCUCUCCGUGAUUGUUCAGCUGGCCAACCUGGGCCCGGUGCUCUACUCGGUGUUGAGGGCGCGGCUGAACGGCCGGGCCAGCCGGCUGGAUGUGGUGGCCGUGUAUACUAUGGUGACGGUGGGCGCCGCCGCCUGUCUGCUGUCUGGUCUGCUGUGGCGGCGCACGUCAGUUAUAGGAGGCACGUCACACAGUACGGCGCUCUUUACCCUGGUGUUUUUUAUCGCGCUGGUGGACUGCACCAGUAGUGUGGUAUACGUGCCAUAUACCGCCCGCUUCAAACACGGCUACUUGGUGUCGUAUAUGAUCGGCGAGGGCCUGAGCGGUCUGCUACCCAGCUUGGUGGCGCUCAUACAGGGAGUCGGCGGCAACGCUGAGUGUGUCAACGGCACGGGUCCGAACGGCAGCGUGGUGCCGGUGCCGGCCGAGCUGCAGCCGCGGUUCGCCGUCGACGACUUCUUCUACUUCCUCUGCAGCAUGAUGGUGGUAAGCGGCGUGGCGUUCGCUCUGCUGCAGCACCUGCCGCGGCUGGCGCCGGCCCGGGAGCCGGCUGACGGCGCUGCGGCGGUCGGCGAGCCGGCGGCGGCGGCCGGCUGCCCGCUGCCGCCGCCCGGCCCGGCCACACCGGUGGCUCUGAGCGCCAUGGCCCCUCUGCUGCUGCUUCAGGCCGCUAUCAGUCUCCUGGCCAACGGUGUGCUGCCCAGUGUGCAGUCCUACUCGGUUCUGCCUUACGGUAACGUGGCCUUCCACCUGGUAGCCACGCUCUCUCUGAUGGCCAACCCGGCCGCGUGCCUCGUACUGUACGCGGCGCCCGUGCGCCGGCCGGUGGUGGCCGCCGGCUGGGCGGCACUGGGCGGCCUCUGCGCCGUCUACCUACUGGUGACGGCAGCACUCAGUCCGACGCCACCUCUGCAGGGCACCGCCGCCGGGCAGGCUCUCGUGGUGCUGGGCUGGGUGCUGUUUGUCGGCCUGACCACCUACUCCAAGGUGGGCAUCGCCAGCCUGCUGCGGCCUUACGGCGGCCGGGCUCUGUUCUGGUACGGAGCGGCCACCCAGGCAGGCUCCACGCUCGGCGCUCUGGCCGCCUUCCUGGCAGUCAACGUGUUCGACGCCUUCCAGGGCUACUACCCCUGCUGACACGCCGCGCCAAGUAGGCCAUCGUUAUGUCACAUGGUCUGAGGCUUCGGCGAAUGUCUGCGGGAACCCUCCUAGUAUCUGGGCUCUGGAUACCGAUAGGGCUAUUUUAAUGGUAUGCAUCCGAAGGCCCUGCUAUUAAUGGACAGGAGGCCUGUUAAAUGCCAUGCAUACGGUGGUCCCCUGCAGUUAGUGUACCACGAUCGGGCUGUUUUAUUGGUAUGCAAUAUUCAACCGAGAGCCCUACUUUUUCAUCGACAGUGCUGGUUUUCAUGUUACGGUCCCGUGUGUCCCAUACCUUCCCCAUUCACAGAGGCGCUAUACAGUCAAUGCUGAAUAUUGUCUGCUCCCACCCACCGGUGAAAUAUGUUCCUACGAGGUCGUCUUAACGCUACGAGGUCCGUUACGAUGUCUGUUAUUAUUAUCCGUGAAUUGUCGCGCACGUUACCCAACACCACCCACCUAGAUUGUCCUACAUUACCACCGAGCUUUGUAGCAGGGAUCAGAUAGUUACCUACACUACCCAGUUUAGUGAUGUCCCCACAUGAAUAUUAUAUAGUACGAACUCACUUAGAAGGCGGGUUUGUGUCUUCAGUAGAACCGUUCAGUUAAACCGGCCCGAGCCUCUUUGUAAUAAGGGAAGAAGAGAAACUCGUACAGCUUGUUGUAUGCCUAGAGAUAACUACAUACAUAUGUGUUAUGUAUAAACUAGCCAUGACAUAUUUUGCACUAACGUAGCAAUUAUUUUACGUAAGUUCAACGCCCCACAGUAAGCAUACUUACCUGCAUGUUUGCUGGUUGUUAUGUGGAACUGUAGACACUGAUAUUACUUGUUGUUUAAUAGUGGAAAAGAUGUAAUUCUGCUUAUAUGCAUAUGUUUGUUUACUAUUUUAACUGCGUUUAAUGACAUUUUAAAAUUUAGGUUUGAACGUAUCACAGACCUAGAGUGCUUAUUUAUAUUACAUUUCCUGCUAUUGAACUUUAGUGAGAUCAUUUAUGGCAUUGUUAACGUAUUCUUUGUAUCGUUGUUUAUUUGUCUCGUUAUUUUGUCGCAAGAUUGAUAGUCAUUGCGAACGGUCAGUCAAUAUGACAUAUUUAACCUCGGAUAAGCAUUAGAUUUAAUAAUUUCCCCAGGCUGUUAGUAUAUCUAGGCCAGUCGAACGUUGCAUAUCGGCUGACGAAAGUAUGGAGUUUUAAUUGUGACACAUUAUCAAACUGAACAGACAUUUAGACUCAGGUAAUACGGCUUUCCCGCAUUGAACGCUUGCUACUAUUUUACCCCUGCUACCACCAUUGAGUUCAUUCUGUAAAAGAGUGGAUUGCUUCGCAAUAUGGAGUUAUACCUAAUAGGUGUGGACUGUGGAACCAUCAGCUGUGGCAUGGUGAGCAGUAGCUUUACGAAUUAUUUGCUUCUGCAUCCAUCCUGACCUUACUGACCUCUGGUGGUGCAUUUGCUCAAUUUCUAAUGAAGGAAGAUAGUCAUCAUCAGUGGCCUAUCUCUCCCCUGACCCCCGGUCGCUUUGAAGUCCCGCCGUGAAACGAGCUGGCGUUUAAAAAUAAUCAAACUCCUCCUAGUUCUUGGAACAAGUGCAUGAAGGCAUGCAGACGAAUGUAUCACGUUACUGUUUACAUUGAAGCAGCCCUAGUCCUCCCGGCUAAUCAGGAUAAUUUGGUCAGUGUAAGACAAACAUGUUCUGUAAAUAUUACUUACACCUCUUCCGGUUUCAUCAGUAGUAUAGCUGUGAAAUCGGGCCACACCUUUCCGCGUGGAGUGAUGUUGCUGUGUUUUAUGUCUCCCUCACAAACACCAAGCACUACUGACCUAUCGAACACUAGCCAGUGUUUGCGCUUUGUUUGGGCUGCUCGGCCCGCCUCUUGCCGCCGAGGCAAGAGGCGGGCCGAGGCAUGUUCGAGUGAUGUUUGGCGAUGUUUGACUGUUGCUUCAUAUUCGAACGACGUUUGACUGACGCUCAAGCGGUGUCUCUCCCUCCCUCCGGGACCAUCUCCCACCCUCCGCCCCUUGCUGUAUCCGUGUGACGGCCCGUGAAGCGCCCGUCCCCGUGCGGCGGCAUGUAUCAGUGAUAGACUCCCCGGUCAGUGAUAGACUACCGUGCACGAUGCGACCGCUCGACGUGACGACCGGCUCCUGUGCUAGCACACUCAUAAACAGACUGAUUAUAUUAUCCACCGAGUGUAAUGUAUUCCUGGAGCGCCGCCACUCGCCCGCGACAGGACUCACGUCAUAGGAUCCACCCCGUCACGGCGACUAGUGUUGAGCUUUAGCGGUAUCGCGUUCUGCCUGGAAGCGGUCUUUUAUUAGCCGAGAAUGACGAUAGCGCUUUUGUAGCGGGAAGUGGCUCGUAGUGGUUCUUGGUAUUGGCUUUCAGUUGAAGUCAUUGGUCAGUUCAGGUGCAAGUCUAGUGUCAGUGUUCCUGCAAUAUCUGAUGCAAGCGCGACCUUCGUGGUCAUUGUAUGUGAGCAUGUGAUUGCACAACUGUGUGAACGAGCCGUCUACAUUACAUGAGUAGUACAUGAGCAUAUUGCUCCAUUGUUCAUGGAUUAUUGACAGUUCAAAUGUGCUUCCUCUGGGACCACAAUUGUGCUAUAACUGCGUAUAAUAUACUUACCAUAUACAUA